AUGAGCGACCCGUUGAAAGAUGCGCCUUUCCAGGCGGUCCAGGUCGAGGCCCUGGUGGUCAUGAAAGUGGCCAAGCACUGCUCAUCGACCUUUCCGACGAAGGCGACGGGGUCGAUUGUCGGCAUGGACCAGAACGGCGUCUUGAACAUCACAAACUCGUUCCCCUUCCCGACCGUUGACGGCGGCACUGUCGACAGCCACAGCCACCAGAACCACCAGAACGAUGCCUCUGCGCUGGCCGCCGCGGCGCCCCGGCAAAAGUCCAACGUCGCGUACCAGAACGAGAUGAUCCGGCAGCUGAAAGAGGUCAAUGUCGAUGCCAACAACGUCGGGUGGUACACGAGUGCCACCAUGGGCAACUUCAUCAACUUGAGCUUCAUCGAGAACCAGUAUCACUAUCAAAAGGACAACGACCGGACUGUGGCGCUCGUAUACGACACGAGCAAAAGCUCCCAGGGUCACCUCACGUUACGGGCAUUCCGUUUGACCACGGUCUUCAUGAACGCCUACAAGGAGGGCAAGUUUACGACGGAAAUCCUGCAAAAGUCGAAGCUUUCAUUCAGAGACAUUAUUGUCGAGCUCCCCAUCACCGUCCACAACUCACACCUGCUCACGUCGUUCCUGCACCAAAUCCCCUCUCCACCUUGCCUGGACGAGAUUGAGGAGCCCAACUCGCUCGCCGAUCUCAAGCGGGACGCCAUCAAACCCCCAAUGUAUCCAUCCAUUGAUACUUUGGACCUAUCCAUCGACCCCUUCCUCGAGAAGACUUGCGACCUCUUGCUUGAGAGCAUCGAAUCGCACUACACAGACCUCAACAACUUCCAAUUCUACCAAAGACAGCUCGGCCGAGAGCAGGCCAAGAUCACCCAGUGGCAGGGCAAGCGCAAGGCGGAGAAUGCGCAGCGGGCUGUGGCGAAGCAGCCGCUGCUGCCCGAGGACGAGUGGCAACGCCUGUUCAAGCUGCCCCAGGAGCCCAGCCGGCUGGAGGGGAUGCUGAACGCGAGGCAGGUGGAGCAAUACAGCAAGCAGGUGGACGGGUUCACUGCCAAUGUCAGUGCCAAGAUGUUUGCCGUGAGAGAGAAUCUGCUGCCCCAGUAA